AUGAACGGGGGAUCGGGCGACUGGCACUCGGCGGCCGACCGCCUGGCGCUCUUCAUGCAGCGCUACGCCGUGCCGAACGACAAGGUAGCAAGGCAGUUGGGCUGGGCUGAUGAGCAGCUGCGUGCGUACCUGUCGCCCGAGUCACGGCGUGUCAAAGCGGCGUCCGACAUUGCAGACACCGCGGUGGACAAGCUACUGAUGAGGUAUCGCGUUGCAUUGGCGCAUCAAACGCUUAAGAAUGCGAAGACUAAGCCUCUCAAGCCUCUAGAAGGGAGUUGUAGGAGAUCUACAGUACCCACACAGUUUGGACGCAAUGUGGGGGACAGAAGAAGCAUUAUUCAUGCAGACGCUACGCCUGCGCAAUUGAAGGCAGCAGCGAAUGUGGAGCAGCCGUCUACGGGCAAUCGGAAACGGAAACGGAAAGUCGUAAUACAUCCUCUGCAUUCAUCGAGUGCUAAGGUGAAGACUGCGGCGUCGAAGGAGGAAAAUGCUAGCGAUAACGCAGAUACAGAGUCGACAACACAUCAACUUGAUGUACGGAAGCCGCUGCGACUGGCCAAACCCGAGCUUAUCUGCCCUAUUCGUCUCGAUGUCGACUUGGAUGGCGUUCACUUUCAAGAUACUUUUCUCAUCAACGCCGUUUUGAAUACGUGUUCACCGGAAGCUCUCGCUACUCAAAUUGCCCAGGACGAAAGGAUGAGCAAUAAACUAAAGGAUGCAAUCGCGGAGUCAAUUCGAAGACAAAUUUUGACUUUUACCUCAUCUUGUAUGACUGUCGACUACAAGAGCGAGCAGUUAUUCCCAAUUUACCUAGAUCUCAUCCUCGAGGGAUUCUCCCUGCGGGAUCAAUUCGAAUGGGACAUAUCCAAUGACUGCAUCGCAACGCAGACGUUUGCCAGUACGCUGUGUGCAGACUUGAACCUGCCAAAAGCAUUCGAGCCCGCUAUCGUCUUUUCGAUCUACGAGCAAGUUGCUGCUUAUCGUAUCGCACUAAACGGGCGAAAAUGGAUUGGCAAGGAUUUAAAAGAUAGCGGUCUCACACCACCAACUUCCAGUUCAGGAUACAUCGAAGUGAUGCCACCGCUUGACGACGUCGUUCGUACCACUGAUGACGCGAAAUUAUGGCAGCCCGUACUGAGUGAACUGUCCAGAGAAGAAAAAACGUAUUUAUCUGCAAGAUUCACGGCUGCUCGAGCGUACGAGAGUCGCCUUCCACGACCAAUCAACCCAUUCAUCGUAUACUGUCAGAUGCAGAAGGAGGCAUUGGGCAAGACUCGCCGCUCUGCGUCUGAAACGAGAAAGAUUAUGGGCGACAUGUGGCGCAAAUGCACCGAAGAGGAGAAAGAGUAUUACUCGCAACUUACUGAGGUGGAGAACGAAAAGAGGCGUCGAGACCACAUUCUCGAUAUGAGGGACCGCGCCAUCGCUGACUGGGAAGAGGACGAAGCUCGUCGGAAAGGAUUGUUGGCUUCCUCUACGUUGGAGGCGUCUGCAGAGCACUUCCGUGGUCUCUUGCUUGAACGAGCGACACGAAGUAGAUUUGAAUAG